GUGCCAGGGACGCGCCGGACGAGCCGCUGGUUUGGAGAGGGGGAGCGUCGCGGAGCCCUUGGGGCCUGGGCCGGAAUUACCAGAGCUAAGAUAAGCUGAAGCAAAUCCAUUGCCAACAUGUUUCUGUACAACCUAACGUUGCAGCGUGCCACAGGCAUUAGCUUUGCUAUCCAUGGCAAUUUCUCAGGAACCAAACAACAAGAAAUUGUUGUUUCCCGGGGCAAGAUCCUGGAGUUACUUCGCCCUGAUCCCAACACAGGCAAGGUUCACACUCUGCUGACAGUGGAAGUGUUUGGAGUCAUCCGGUCCCUCAUGGCCUUUAGGCUGACAGGGGGGACCAAAGACUACAUUGUGGUGGGCAGCGAUUCAGGGCGCAUCGUCAUUCUGGAGUACCAGCCCUCCAAGAAUGUGUUUGAGAAGAUCCAUCAGGAAACCUUUGGCAAGAGUGGAUGCCGCAGAAUCGUUCCAGGCCAGUAUUUGGCUGUGGACCCAAAGGGCCGUGCCGUCAUGAUCAGUGCCAUUGAAAAGCAGAAGCUGGUGUAUAUUCUGAACAGAGAUGCUGCUGCUCGACUCACCAUUUCCUCCCCACUGGAAGCCCACAAGGCCAAUACCUUGGUCUACCAUGUGGUAGGAGUCGAUGUGGGGUUUGAAAACCCAAUGUUUGCUUGUCUAGAAAUGGAUUAUGAGGAGGCAGAUAAUGAUCCCACAGGUGAAGCUGCAGCCAACACACAACAGACAUUGACGUUUUAUGAAUUGGACUUGGGUUUGAACCAUGUUGUCAGGAAAUACAGUGAGCCCCUGGAAGAGCAUGGCAACUUCCUCAUAACAGUUCCGGGUGGUUCUGAUGGCCCCAGUGGAGUACUGAUCUGUUCUGAAAAUUAUAUUACUUACAAAAACUUUGGUGACCAGCCUGACAUCAGAUGCCCAAUUCCCAGGAGACGGAAUGACUUGGAUGACCCAGAGAGGGGUAUGAUUUUUGUCUGCUCUGCUACACAUAAGACCAAGUCCAUGUUCUUCUUCUUGGCCCAGACAGAGCAGGGAGACAUCUUCAAAAUUACUCUGGAGACUGAUGAAGACAUGGUAACAGAGAUUCGACUGAAGUACUUUGACACUGUUCCUGUUGCUGCUGCCAUGUGUGUGCUGAAAACAGGGUUUCUCUUUGUGGCAUCUGAAUUUGGAAACCAUUACCUGUACCAGAUAGCUCACCUGGGGGAUGACGAUGAGGAGCCAGAGUUUUCCUCUGCCAUGCCUCUUGAGGAAGGAGAUACAUUCUUUUUUCAGCCACGACCUCUGAAGAACCUGGUGCUGGUGGAUGAGUUGGACAGUUUGUCUCCUAUUCUGUGUUGUCAGAUAGCAGAUUUGGCCAAUGAAGACACACCCCAGUUGUAUGUGGCAUGUGGUCGGGGGCCCAGGUCAUCCCUGAGGGUUUUAAGACAUGGACUUGAGGUAUCCGAAAUGGCCGUCUCAGAGCUGCCUGGUAACCCCAAUGCUGUAUGGACUGUGAGGAGGCAUGUUGAAGAUGAAUUUGAUGCUUACAUUAUUGUGUCCUUCGUAAAUGCCACGCUGGUGCUGUCUAUCGGAGAGACUGUAGAAGAAGUGACUGACUCUGGAUUCCUGGGUACUACACCCACCUUGUCCUGCUCUCUUCUUGGUGAUGAUGCUUUGGUACAGGUUUAUCCAGAUGGGAUUCGGCACAUCCGAGCAGAUAAGAGAGUAAAUGAAUGGAAGACACCAGGAAAGAAAACCAUUGUAAAAUGUGCUGUGAACCAAAGACAAGUAGUGAUAGCACUGACUGGAGGAGAACUGGUUUACUUUGAGAUGGACCCGUCAGGACAGCUGAAUGAGUACACAGAGAGAAAGGAGAUGUCGGCCGACGUCGUUUGCAUGAGCCUGGCCAACGUUCCCCCUGGGGAGCAGCGUUCCCGGUUCCUUGCUGUUGGACUGGUGGACAACACUGUCAGAAUUAUUUCACUUGACCCUUCGGAUUGCUUACAGCCCCUGAGUAUGCAGGCGCUGCCCGCACAGCCCGAGUCGCUGUGCAUCGUGGAGAUGGGUGGCACAGAGAAGCAGGAUGAGCUGGGAGAGAGGGGCUCCAUUGGCUUUCUGUACCUGAACAUUGGACUGCAGAACGGUGUGCUGCUGCGAACCGUCCUGGACCCCGUCACCGGCGAUCUCUCUGACACCAGGACCAGAUACCUUGGCUCCCGGCCUGUCAAACUCUUCCGUGUCCGAAUGCAAGGCCAAGAGGCGGUGCUGGCCAUGUCAAGCCGUUCCUGGCUUAGUUAUUCCUAUCAGUCACGCUUCCACCUGACUCCACUGUCUUAUGAGACACUGGAGUUUGCAUCUGGUUUUGCUUCUGAGCAGUGCCCUGAGGGCAUUGUGGCCAUCUCCACAAACACAUUGAGGAUUUUGGCACUGGAGAAGCUGGGAGCAGUCUUCAACCAGGUUGCCUUCCCAUUGCAGUACACACCCCGAAAAUUUGUCAUUCACCCAGAAAGCAACAACCUGAUCAUCAUUGAGACAGACCACAAUGCUUACACUGAGGCCACAAAAGCACAGAGGAAGCAGCAAAUGGCUGAGGAAAUGGUGGAAGCUGCAGGUGAGGAUGAGAGGGAGCUAGCUGCAGAGAUGGCUGCAGCCUUUCUGAAUGAGAAUCUUCCUGAGUCCAUCUUCGGUGCCCCCAAGGCAGGGAAUGGUCAGUGGGCCUCUGUUAUCAGAGUGAUGAACCCCAUUCAGGGAAAUACAUUAGAUCUGGUCCAGCUGGAGCAGAAUGAAGCUGCUUUCAGCGUGGCUGUGUGCCGGUUCUCCAACACUGGUGAUGAGUGGUACGUGCUGGUGGGAGUCGCCAAGGACCUGAUUCUGAACCCACGCUCAGUUGCUGGGGGGUUUGUCUACACAUACAAGCUGGUGAAUAGUGGUGAGAAGCUGGAGUUUCUCCACAAGACCCCUGUGGAGGAGGUCCCUGCAGCCAUUGCUCCAUUCCAAGGCCGAGUCUUAAUUGGAGUUGGAAAACUCCUACGUGUAUAUGACCUGGGCAAGAAGAAACUGCUUCGGAAAUGUGAGAAUAAGCACAUUGCCAACUACAUCUGUGGGAUCCAAACCAUUGGGCACAGAGUGAUUGUCUCAGAUGUUCAGGAGAGUUUCAUCUGGGUGCGUUACAAAAGGAAUGAGAACCAGCUCAUUAUCUUUGCUGAUGAUACUUACCCCCGGUGGGUCACUACAGCAACACUCCUGGAUUACGAUACUGUGGCUGGAGCAGACAAGUUUGGUAACAUCUGUGUGGUGAGAUUGCCUCCCAACACCAAUGAUGAGGUAGAUGAGGAUCCCACAGGCAACAAAGCUCUCUGGGACAGAGGCCUGCUUAAUGGAGCAUCACAGAAGGCUGAAGUGAUUAUGAAUUAUCACGUGGGAGAAACGGUGCUUUCCUUGCAGAAGACCACACUGAUUCCAGGAGGCUCUGAAUCUCUUGUUUAUACAACCUUGUCAGGGGGGAUAGGAAUCUUGGUCCCUUUUACUUCCCAUGAGGAUCAUGACUUCUUCCAGCAUGUGGAAAUGCACUUACGGUCUGAGCACCCUCCUCUCUGUGGACGAGACCAUCUCAGUUUCCGUUCCUACUACUUCCCAGUGAAGAAUGUGAUUGAUGGGGACCUGUGUGAGCAGUUCAACUCCAUGGAGCCUAACAAACAGAAGAAUGUGGCCGAGGAGCUGGACCGGACCCCACCCGAGGUGUCCAAGAAGCUGGAAGACAUCCGCACACGCUACGCUUUCUGAGUGGUGGCUGGCAGGGGCAGAAAUGCUUGCAGUUCCUCUGGGUGCUCUUUAGGCACCUUGGGGAGGAGGAAUGUGUGCUU